AAACCUCGCCACAACAACAACAACAACAAGAUGACUUCAACAAGAGAACCGAGUGUCCUAAUUCGUUCCGACACCUUCGUGGCCACAAACAUGGGAGCUACGCUAGAAACUCCAAUUGCAGCGGACACCAGUAUUUCUAGUUCCCUAACGCACCUGGAGCUGGAAGAAUGGUGCGAAUCUACGGAACAGGAGUGUCGGGGAUUGUACCAAGACUUGAAGGAGACCAUGGGAGAGAGUAAGAAGUCUCUCCGAGAGUCUGAACUGAAGUGCAGCAGGAUCUUACAAGAGAAGAACAGACUGCAGAAGGAAAGAGACAACGCCUUGGCAAAGGUCCAAGCCCUUAAGGACGAGUCCGUAUCGAAGGACCACAAGUCCUCUGAGCGCCUUGCUCAGAUCCAGGAACGGCUCGUGCUGAAAUCUAAGGAGUGUGAGGAUCUUCAGAAAGCUAACGUCGCCAUGGACAGGAAGAUGAAGGCAGAGAAGAUCAAACAUGGCAGAAACAUGGCCAAACUGCAGGACGACAUGGCGAAGCUGCGGAAUGUGAAUAAACGGCUGGUAGACGACUGCGAUAACUCCAAGAAACUGGCGCUAGAGGCUCUUAAACAGGCAGAGAAUGCAGAAAGGUUCAGACAAGACGAAAUGAGGAAAAGGACCCAGAUGGAAGAGCGGAUGCAGUUCCUCAUCCGAGAGAAAGAGGUCCUCACUAAGAAGCGCUACAUGACCGACAAGGCGUACCACGAAGCCGUGCGGCGCAUGGCCCACGUCAUCAGCGAGAAAGAAGAAAUCACGCUAGAGAGGAACAAGGAGCGAGCCAUGAGGACGCAGCUAGAGAGAGCGUUCGAACAGAAGAGUAAAAACACAGAGGGUAACAAAGAAAGUAUGAACGAGAUGAAAAAGAGAGCACUGGACAGGUUGAAUAAGAGCCACAUCCCGACGGUGAACAAUGCGAAACACGUCAGCGCCACGGAAGAGAUGAGGAAAAAGUUCUUAGGCGCCAUGGCAACAGCCGACUGAGGAUGUUGGAAUGAUCGUGUUUCGCUUAACGGAGGGAAAACAUAUUGUUUUUGCACCGAUUCUUCCUCUUCGUCCGUUCAAGACAAAUAAGAGAAAUGAUACCCUGGUUAGACCAGACUCUUGUCACCAUAUAGUAAAGAAGGGGCAAAAGAUCACAUAGGUUAUUACUGUGUAAUAUAUACUGCUAUUUUACUGUGUUAUGAUUAUAAUCUGACAUUACUGUGAAGUACUGCUGUGCUAUUAAUGUGUUGUUUUAUACUGAGAUAUUACUGUGUAACAUUAUACAUGUACAUGUAUUUUAUAUUACUGUGUAAUGUCUAACAUUAUCUAUUAUUUUCAUUGAGGUCUUUUAUGAAGCCAUAGAACUGUCAUUAAUGUCAAUAUCUUUGGCAUAUUUUGAGGUCACGAAAAUUUAUUGCACACCAAAAGAUACAUUGUGGGCUAUUCCAGCAUUCUACAAAGUGAAAUGAGUUGUAUACUCGAUGUGCUGACAAGUUGACAGUGAAGUACAGUAUUAUAAUUACAUCACAAACGUUUUUUCAUCAUUUGCAAACUUCAAGCGUGGAUUCCUUACUUUAACUAGUACCAAAGCGCCGAA